AUGCAGACCCUUUCCCUCCUUCUCGCUCUCGCCCCUGUGGCUGCUGUAGCCCAGUCCCCUGUCUGGGGCCAAUGUGGUGGCAUUGGAUGGAAUGGUGCCACAACUUGCGCUUCCGGCCUGAAGUGUGAGAAGAUCAACGAUUACUACUUCCAGUGUAUCCCUGGAACAGGUGGCUCGGACCCUGACCCUGAGCCAACUCAGCCUACCACUCCCUCUCCUACUGGAGGCAGCAAUACCGGAACCGGCCUCGACGGAAAAUUCAAGGCCAAGGGCAAGCUCUACUUCGGUACUGAAAUCGACCACUACCAUCUCAGCAACAAUCCUCUCAUCACCAUCGUGAAGAGGGAGUUCGGUCAAGUUACCCCAGAGAACAGCAUGAAGUGGGAUGCUCUUGAGCCCAGCCGAAACCAGUUCAGCUUCUCCAACGCUGACCAGGUUGUCAACUUCGCCCAGACCAACGGCAAGUUGGUCCGAGGACACACCCUGCUCUGGCACUCUCAGCUGCCCCAAUGGGUUCAGAACAUCGGCGACCGAUCUACCCUAACCGCCGUCAUCGAGAACCACAUCAAGACCAUAGUCACCCGCUACAAGGGCAAGAUCCUCCACUGGGACGUCGUUAAUGAGAUCUUCGCUGAGGACGGUUCUCUCCGCGAUAGUGUUUUCAGCCGAGUCCUCGGCGAGGACUUCGUUGGUAUUGCCUUCCGCGCUGCUCGCGCCGCUGAUCCCGCCGCCAAGCUGUACAUCAACGACUACAACCUCGAUAACGCCAACUACGCCAAGGUUACCCGCGGAAUGGUCGAGAAGGUCAACAAGUGGGUGUCUCAGGGAAUCCCCAUCGACGGUAUCGGUUCUCAGGCCCAUCUUGCUGCUCCCGGUGGCUGGAACCCUGCCUCUGCUUUCCCCGCUGCCCUCAAGGCCCUCGCUGCUGCCAACGUCAAGGAGGUUGCCAUCACCGAGCUUGACAUUGCUGGCGCCGCUGCCAGCGAUUACGUCACUGUCAUGAACGCUUGUCUCCAGGUCUCCAAGUGUGUCGGCAUUACUGUCUGGGGUGUUUCUGACAAGGACUCGUGGAGAGCUUCUGACAACCCUCUUCUCUACGACGGCAACUACCAGGCCAAGGCUGCUUACAACGCUCUCAUCAGUGCUCUGUAA